AGAGAUGGGACCAGUGCCGGGGAAUGCCGGGAAAUCAUUCAACCUUGAGGGGGUGUAUGUGGCAGAGACAGUCUGUCCAGGAUUCCACACCAGCAAUUAUAUCAUCAAGUUGUUAACAAUAAAGAUUACUUCAUGACUGAAUAAUUUUGGAGACUGCCUAAGGAUUUCGCCAUGGAUGACAUUGAGAAGGCGAUUGGUUUUUUAACAGAUGUAGAAAAAGGAACCUCUGCUGUCUGUCAACAGAUCCAGUUGUUGUUAGAUAAAGCCGAAAAGGGGGAACUUUGUACAUCAAAGGGGCUGAGUUUCCUGGAGAUGAAGUAUCAGAUGUUGCUAAGUUACCUUAUCAACCUGACCUACAUCCUGUUACAGAAGAGCAGAGGACAGUCGAUUCAGACUGAUCCUGCCAUCUUCAGACUCACCGAGAUACGCACGGUGCUGGAGAAAUUGCGACCAAUUGACCAGAAACUAAAAUACCAAAUUGAUAAGCUCAUCAGAACUGUCAUUACUGGAGACACAGGUUUGGCUGAUCCACUGAGAUUCAAGGCCAAUCCAGACAAUCUCAUUAACAAGUUGGAAGGUGAAGAUUCAGAAGAAGACUCUAACUCUGAUGAAGAGGAGAAGGAAAGAAAACCUCGUGCUUAUGUACCACCAAAGCUUGCAGCUGUUCAUUACGAUGGUGAUGAGACAAUAGAGGAAAAGAAGCAGCGCCACCUGGAGAAAGCUCAGAGGCGUGCAGCAAGUAGUAGUUUAGUAAGGGAGCUGGCACAUCAGCUGACAGAUGCACCAGAGGAAAUACAGGAAUCUCGUGAUCUGCACAGAUUAAAAGCUGAUAAGAGGGCCAAGGAAAUCAAAGAAUAUGAAGAACAAUUUUUCACUCGAGUGUCUGUAUCGAAAAAGGAAAGGAAUGCAUCACGAAGAUUAAGCACCAUGUCUUCCUUGAACAGUCUGACACAGUUUGAUGACAUCAGUGCAUUGAUGGGAGAUAAAGAUGAUUUCACACAUCAGGAUGGUCCCUCAAGAAAGAAGCAGAAAUUAAGUGGCAAGGGCAAGAAAGGAAAGAAAGGUGGUUUCAAGAAGAAAAAACGAAAGUUUUAAAGACCCAUUAUGGAAAGUUAAAUUGUAUUUGUCAAUAAACAGAUUAAUUAUUC